GCUGACUCCGCACCCCGCUGCACUACCCGACUCCCACCUACCCCGUCCCUGCUCCGUCCUUCGUCCCCACCCCACCCGACCCCGUCCCUUCCUCGGUCCCUCCUCUGAUCUCUCCCGUUCCUCCUUUCCUAGACCAGCCUCCUAUUCCCCCUUCCUAACCCCUGAACCCUCAUCCCCCUCGAAAGCUCCUCCUGCCCACCUCGCCCUAUCCCCAACGUCCAGCCCCUUUAACAGCUGUCUCUUCCCAGUUUCAGAACGGCAUCUUCAAGUUCCCUCCCCGAUGAACCGGAAGUGCGUCAUGAGGAGGCGCCGCGAGGCUCAUUUGGCGCGCGCGCCCUGAGUAGUGGAUCUGAGCUAAUUUUUUGGGUCCUUUCUUAUUUCUUCUUGGGUUUUUACUUUUUCUGGAUUCUGGUGGCUAAGAUUUUCAAGAUGCCGUCGUCUUUGCUGGGCGCGGUGAUGCCGGCGUCCACGUCGGCCGCAGCCCUGCAGGAAGCUCUGGAAAAUGCUGGGCGGCUCAUCGACCGUCAGUUGCAAGAAGACCGCAUGUACCCGGACCUUUCCGAGCUGCUCAUGGUGCCUUCUCCAAAUAAUCCCACUGUUUCAGGCAUGUCAGAUAUGGAUUAUCCUCUACAAGGACCUGGUUUGCUGUCCGUGCCCAACCUUCCAGAGAUCAGUUCUAUCAGAAGAGUUCCUCUCCCACCUGAACUUGUUGAACAGUUUGGACAUAUGCAGUGUAACUGCAUGAUGGGUGUGUUCCCACCUAUCAGCAGAGCUUGGCUUACAAUUGAUAGUGACAUAUUCAUGUGGAACUAUGAGGAUGGAGGAGACCUUGCCUAUUUCGAUGGACUUAGUGAGACUAUUCUUGCUGUGGGGCUUGUGAAACCAAAACCUGGCAUCUUUCAACCACAUGUACGACACCUCCUGGUUUUGGCAACACCUGUAGAUAUAGUAAUUCUUGGACUCAGCUAUGCUAAUUUGCAAACAGGUUCUGGAAUUCUUAAUGACAGUAUGUCUGGUGGAAUGCAGUUACUUCCAGAUCCUUUAUAUUCUCUUCCCACUGAUAAUACUUACCUUUUAACAAUAACUUCCACUGAUAAUGGCAGAAUUUUCUUGGCUGGAAAGGAUGGCUGUUUAUAUGAAGUAGCAUACCAAGCAGAAGCAGGUUGGUUUAGCCAAAGAUGCAGGAAAAUAAACCACUCAAAGAGCCCACUUUCUUUCCUUGUUCCUUCCUUGCUACAAUUCACAUUCUCUGAAGAUGAUCCUAUUGUGCAAAUUGCAAUUGAUAAUUCUAGAAAUAUUUUAUAUACACGAUCUGAGAAAGGAGUGAUACAGGUUUAUGAUUUGGGUCAAGAUGGACAAGGAAUGAGCAGAGUUGCCUCAGUUUCCCAGAAUGCUAUUGUCUCUGCUGCUGGUAACAUUGCUAGGACCAUUGAUCGUUCGGUUUUUAAGCCAAUUGUUCAGAUAGCAGUGAUUGAAAAUUCUGAAUCAUUGGACUGUCAAUUAUUGGCUGUCACACAUACAGGUAUUAGGCUAUAUUUCAGUACUUGUCCAUUCAGACAGCCAUUGGCACGGCCUAAUACUCUGACGCUAGUUCAUGUCCGCUUACCUCCUGGCUUCUCAGCAUCUUCAACAGUGGAAAAGCCUUCCAAAGUACAUAAAGCUCUUUAUAGUAAAGGUAUUCUACUGAUGGCAGCCUCAGAAAAUGAGGAUAAUGAUAUUUUAUGGUGUGUCAACCAUGAUACUUUUCCUUUCCAAAAACCAAUGAUGGAAACCCAGAUGACAACCCGUGUUGAUGGUCAUUCUUGGGCUCUUUCUGCAAUAGAUGAAUUGAAAGUAGAUAAAAUAAUUACACCCUUAAAUAAGGAUCAUAUUCCAAUAACUGACUCACCAGUUGUUGUACAACAACACAUGUUACCUCCAAAGAAAUUUGUUCUCCUCUCGGCACAGGGGAGUCUUAUGUUUCAUAAACUCAGACCUGUAGAUCAACUGAGGCAUCUCCUUGUGAGUAAUGUUGGUGGAGAUGGAGAAGAAAUUGAAAGAUUCUUUAAAUUACAUCAGGAAGACCAAGCUUGUGCAACUUGCCUUAUUCUUGCUUGCUCCACUGGUGCCUGUGAUAGAGAAGUAUCUGCUUGGGCAACUCGGGCUUUCUUCAGGUAUGGUGGUGAAGCGCAGAUGAGAUUUCCAACUACUCUGCCCCCUCCGAGUAAUGUUGGUCCCAUCUUGGGGUCUCCUGUCUAUUCUAGUUCUCCUGUUCCUAGUGGUAGUCCUUAUCCAAAUCCAUCUUUUUUGGGAACACCAACUCAAGGUAUACAGCCCCCUGCCAUGUCAACUCCAGUGUGUGCUAUGGGAAACCCAGCAACUCAGGCCACAAGUAUGAGUUGUGUGACUGGACCAGAGAUUGUGUACUCUGGGAAACACAAUGGUAUUUGCAUUUACUUUUCUCGAAUCAUGGGAAACAUUUGGGAUGCUAGCUUAGUUGUGGAGAGAGUGUUCAAGAGUGGCAACAGAGAGAUCACUGCAAUUGAAAGCAGUGUUCCCUGCCAACUGCUAGAGUCAGUGCUACAGGAACUAAAAGGUUUGCAGGAAUUUCUAGACAGAAAUUCCCAAUUUGCAGGAGGACCACUAGGAAAUCCAAAUACUACUGCCAAAGUACAGCAAAGGUUGAUAGGAUUCAUGCGUCCUGAAAACGGAAAUACCCAACAAAUGCAACAGGAACUGCAGAGGAAAUUUCAUGAGGCUCAAUUGAGUGAAAAGAUUUCACUUCAGGCAAUCCAGCAAUUGGUUCGAAAAUCAUACCAGGCUUUGGCUUUAUGGAAACUUCUCUGUGAACAUCAAUUCACUGUCAUUGUAGGAGAACUUCAGAAGGAAUUUCAGGAGCAGUUGAAGAUCACCACCUUUAAAGAUCUCGUAAUCAGGGAUAAAGAACUCACAGGGGCAUUAAUUGCUUCUCUUAUCAACUGCUACAUCAGAGAUAAUGCUGCUGUUGAUGGCAUUAGUUUACAUUUACAAGAUAUCUGCCCACUUCUGUAUAGCACUGAUGAUGCAGUUUGUUCUAAGGCAAAUGAACUUCUCCAGCGUUCCCGACAAGUUCAAAAUAAGACUGAAAAGGAAAGAAUGUUAAGGGAAUCAUUAAAGGAAUAUCAAAAAAUCAGCAAUCAAGUAGACCUUUCCAAUGUUUGUAUUCAAUAUAGACAAGUGCGUUUUUAUGAAGGUGUGGUGGAACUCUCUCUUACUGCUGCAGAGAAAAAAGAUCCUCAGGGUCUUGGACUUCAUUUCUAUAAACAUGGAGAACCAGAAGAAGAUAUAGUUGGACUUCAAGCCUUCCAAGAAAGGUUAAACAGUUACAAGUGCAUUACAGAUACACUUCAAGAACUGGUAAAUCAAAGUAAAGCUGCUCCUCAGUCUCCCAGUGUACCCAAAAAACCUGGUCCUCCAGUGUUGUCAUCUGAUCCCAAUAUGCUGAGUAAUGAAGAAGCAGGACAUCAUUUUGAACAAAUGCUUAAAUUGGCUCAGAGAUCCAAAGAUGAGCUCUUUAGUAUUGCCCUUUAUAAUUGGCUAAUACAGGCUGACCUUGCAGAUAAGCUGCUACAGGUCGCUUCUCCAUUUCUGGAGCCACAUUUAGUCCGAAUGGCCAAAGUUGAUCAAAACAAAGUUCGUUAUAUGGAUUUACUCUGGAGGUAUUAUGAGAAGAACAGAAGCUUUAGUAAUGCUGCUCGUGUCUUGUCCAAAUUGGCUGAUAUGCAUAGCACAGAAAUUUCACUUCAGCAGCGACUAGAAUACAUUGCUCGAGCCAUUCUUAGUGCCAAAAGUUCCACUGCCAUUUCAUCAAUAGCUGCAGAUGGUGAAUUCCUUCAUGAAUUAGAAGAAAAAAUGGAAGUUGCUAGGAUCCAACUGCAGAUACAAGAGACACUACAAAGGCAGUAUUCUCAUCAUUCUUCCGUACAGGAUGCAAUUUCUCAGCUAGAUUCUGAGCUAAUGGACAUAACUAAGCUUUAUGGGGAAUUUGCUGACCCAUUUAAACUGGCGGAGUGUAAACUUGCAAUAAUUCAUUGUGCCGGUUAUUCAGACCCUAUAUUGGUGCAGACACUUUGGCAAGAUAUCAUAGAGAAAGAAUUGAAUGACAGUGUAACCUUGAGCUCUCCAGAUAGAAUGCAUGCUCUUAGUCUCAAGAUUGUUCUCCUGGGCAAAAUCUAUGCUGGCACACCACGCUUCUUUCCUUUAGAUUUUAUUGUACAGUUCUUAGAGCAACAAGUUUGUACUUUGAACUGGGAUGUGGGCUUUGUAAUACAGACAAUGAAUGAAAUCGGAGUGCCAUUACCUAGACUACUAGAGGUUUAUGAUCAGUUGUUCAAAUCACGGGAUCCAUUCUGGAACAGAAUGAAGAAGCCACUGCACCUUUUAGAUUGUAUACAUGUACUGUUGACAAGAUAUGUUGAGAAUCCUAGCCAAGUUUCAAAUUAUGAAAGGAGAAGAUUUACAAAUCUCUGCCUGGAUGCUGUUUGUGGUUAUCUGGUUGAGCUCCAGUCUAUGAGCUCCUCAGUAGCAGUGCAAACUAUCACUGGGAAUUUUAAAUCUCUUCAAGCUAAAUUAGAACGGCUUCAUUGAGUAUUGUAAUGUAUUUUCAUCCAUCCAUUUGAUCUGUGAAAUAAAGGCUCAGCUGGGUCCAGAUA